ACUAGUUUGCCCCCAACGAUAACAGUUGAUCGAGCUGUCAAUCAGGGUAUUCUCGUCAAACCACCCCUUCCAGUCUUCCUUCUCGACACACGUGCAGCCACAAUCAAUCAUCCUCGACAUCCCGAUCAGAUCCUCUUACUCCACCUCCCCUCUCAAAACCAGUGAGAAAUUAAAACAAAGGAAUAACAAAAAACAAGCACAGAGCUCCAUCUAAUCCAAGGAUCAGCAUAAUCCAUCCUCGUCGCGAAACAAGGAAACAGAAGAACGAUGUCUUCGACUUUCAGCGGCGAUGAGACUGCUCCUUUCUUCGGCUUCCUCGGGGCCGCUGCUGCCCUCGUCUUCUCAUGCAUGGGUGCUGCCUAUGGGACAGCAAAGAGUGGCGUGGGCGUGGCUUCAAUGGGAGUCAUGAGACCCGAACUCGUUAUGAAGUCAAUUGUUCCAGUUGUCAUGGCUGGAGUGUUGGGAAUUUAUGGGUUAAUUAUAGCUGUUAUUAUUAGUACUGGAAUCAAUCCAAAGGCUAAAUCUUAUUAUCUUUUUGAUGGAUAUGCACACUUGUCUUCUGGUCUUGCUUGUGGGCUUGCUGGUUUAUCUGCUGGAAUGGCUAUUGGUAUUGUUGGCGAUGCUGGUGUCCGAGCUAAUGCACAGCAGCCAAAGCUGUUCGUGGGCAUGAUUCUCAUUCUCAUCUUUGCUGAAGCACUCGCUCUCUAUGGUCUCAUUGUGGGGAUCAUUCUAUCAUCCCGAGCUGGUCAGUCUCGUGCAGAAUGAAGAGUGCCAAAGCUUAUGGUUUCUUGAUGUCCUAUAUCAUGAUUUAGAAUGGGAACUGAGACUAUGUUUGCAUUGUUCGAUUCAAUUUGCUAUAAUUGCCAAACUCUUGUAUACAUGGGAUUCUCAGCAUCCCUGUAAUCUUACUAUAUGAUAAACCUCCCUUCUUGCGCUGAAUUCGUGAGUUCAAAACAAUUCCCAACGCUGAUGCCUUUAGAACGA